AUGUCAGCAAAAAGAAAAGCCUGCGGAGCCAACGCAACCUCGCCCGCCGACAAGAAGCCCAAGUAUGUUCAUAUCUCAUCAUAUGGUUUUCUAGCUAACAUAUACCACAAAGACGAAUGACAAUCAUCAAGAUUUCCGACUUCGAAAGCAAUGACAAUCACAACGUAACUCUUCUCAACAAUGGCUUCAAAGUUGAGAUCGAGAUGGAGACUCCAGCCUAACACCAGGCAAGAGUUGAUGAGGACGAGAAGGAGAAAGUGAAGAUGCAAGAAAGUCUCGUCAAUAAGGAUGAACGCAUUGCUGCUCUUGAGGAGAGUGUGCGACAACAUGAAGCUACGAUUUCUGAAAGAGAGAGGGAGAAGGUGAAGAUGCUGGAGGAUCGAGCAACGGAUCUAGCAAAGAAACGAGAAGAACUAGUCAGGAAAGAUGCAAAUAUUGCUGCUCUUGAGGACAAUGCCCGACACAGUGAUCUCACCGUUGCUCGGCUGAUGGGAGCUGUUUGUGCUGGCAAUAGAGAUAUUACAGAUCGCAACAAGAAUAAAGCCAUUGAAAAGGUUUUGUUCAUGGCAUACAAAAGCCAUUUGGACCAUCUCAAGGAGGAUUCCAAAUUCACCAGAGAUACCAAGGAAAAUGCUAUUAAAAAGCUCUUUGAUGAAGUUGCGCGCGAUAUCGUGAAGUAUGCCAAUACUUUGUGGUAA